UUCUUCUUCUUCUUCUUCGGCCUCUUCGCCGUCAAACUCGGGGUCGUCGCUGCCAUCUUCCUCACCGGAAGACCCAAGAAGUACUUCGGCGGGAUACGCAACCUCGCAGGCAGCGUUGUCGCAGACGACCACUUGGAAAUGGGAGCCGCCACGGUACUUGAAUAUCAGAGAAUGGCGAGCGCCGAUGGAGUAAAAGCUCAGAAACUCACCAAAUCCAGAGUCGAGCCACACUAUUGGUUGAACCGCGGGAGGUUCUCGUCAUCUUCUCCGGUGAAGUUCCGACCAAAAGCAGCCAUUUUCCCCGUCUAGUCUUUUCUCCCCCAGCGGUAGAGAGUUUGGAAGAAGAAUGGAAAACAGGAGAGAAUGCGGGAGAGGAAGAAGAAGAAGGA